AUGGCUAGUGAUGACUCGAAAGUGUCUUGUUCGGAUAACGAUGACCAACCGAAGUUGAAACAACGGCGUAGUCGCACCAACUUCACCCUUGAGCAACUAAAUGAACUUGAGCGGUUAUUCGACGAGACCCAUUAUCCGGAUGCCUUCAUGAGGGAAGAACUGAGCCAGCGACUGGGGCUUUCAGAGGCCAGGGUUCAGGUCUGGUUUCAAAAUCGCCGUGCAAAAUGCCGAAAGCAAGAAAGCCUAAUGCAGAAAGGUAAUUAUGCUGGUUUAAAAAAUGCACUAGACGCUUGCCGAGUUUCGCCCUUCCUCAACAUGUCGACCAUCCGCCAGCCGCUCGACCGCCUGCAUUUCCCGCCAUUCCUACCCUCCUUCCCGCUUACAUCCGCUUCCGGUCUGCCGCCGCCGCUGCACCUGAUGUUGCUUUAUCACCAUCGCUACGCGGCUGCGGCGCUCAAUUACGCAUCACUUCCGGUGGAGAGCGGCUUCUAG